CUACUGUUUAGUUGGUAGCUCUGAAGUUUCCUGUGGAAUUGAAGAAGAUUUCUCGCUCCCGUAAUCAAAAUACGUAUAGUACCCGAACGAAGACAAACUUGGCAAGAAAAAAAUACGUAGUGCCUUAUGUGUCAAGCAUGAAAAGCAUCAGAACUUUCAAGGUCAAACGUCAGUGCCGUCACUGUAACCAAGAUUUACAGACACUGGAUGGAUGUAUUAGGUAUCUUCUCUGUAAGAAAUCUCAAAUGCAAAUAGGCUACAGGAACCAUGGAGGGUGUGAGAUUCCUGCGACGCCUAAAAUAUAACUUGAUUCAGAUUGCUCACAGAAAAAUGAGUUGCUUUGGAAGAACUUUUCUAGCAUUGCUCUACAUUUGUCUUCCUGUGAGUACUCCAGUUCUUCAACCAGAUGACCACUAUGCGUUAAGGUAUAGAAUUGCUCUUGAACGAGUUGUUAAACCAGUGAUGCACAAAGUUUAUUUACUACUUAGACCCAAAAGUGGAAAGUCUAAAGAUCACCUUUUUGCUUUGAAUAGAUUUUCACAAAUUAAAUACAAAAAGACCUUUAAUGUAAGUCAAAGAAGGAAGUUGGACAAUGACGAGUCAAGUGAAGGGUUUGAUAUAUCUCUGUUGUACCUUCUUCUUCAGCAUGUUUGUGGAUUAGCUGAUACAAAUGAUUCAAAGUGGAGGACACCUGGAACACUUGAAAAUAGUCUUACACUGUUGAAAAAUCAUAGAAACACAAGUGCGCAUGAAGAUAUUUCAUUCACUUUUGGUGAGCUACAAAAGGAGAUCAAGGAUAUGGAAGAAUUAUGCAAAAGUGUUCUAAUAGCUGCAGGGCUGAAAAGCAGAGACCUGCUAGCUUCAGACAUUGCUGAAAUGGAGACAGCAAUGGAAGAGGUGCUUUUAGGUGGAGUUGAUCUUUGGGAACCCUACAAGGAUGCUCUUCUCAAACUCAGGAGUGAACAAAAAACUGUUCUUAUAAGGGAGGGAAGAAAGGACAUCCUGAGCCUUGGUAAGAAUCUUAGAAUCUUGAAUCCAUUUUCUUGGCUUUUGGACUCUUACUAUUCACAUUUGGAUGUGGAGCAAAUAUUCACUGAGUUAACAAUUAAAGGUGAAAGUAAAGUUGACAUGCAGCAUUUGAUAACUUCAAAACUAUCAUCCUCAGGGGAACUACCAGAUGUGAUUAUAGCAUCUGGACCCCCAGGAAUUGGUAAAACAAGUUUAUUCAGGUUUAUGGUCCAUGAUUGGCUCUCCUCCCAACCAACAAUACUUGGAAUGGAAAACAUAGAACUAAUUAUACCAGUGGAGUUACGUCAUGUGUUUAGCCACAGUGUCAAAGACUUAUUGAAGGAUGAGAUUUUACACAGUGUCUCACAGCAACUGGAAACUGAUGAUAUGAUAUCUGCCCUCAAAAAUGUGUCCUUGCUUUGGCUGUUAGAUGGUUAUGAUGAAGCAAGUAAUAAUACCAAGAAAGUGAUUAAGGAAAUUUGUAAGAAAUUUCCAGACUCGAGAAUACUGAUUACUACAAGAACAGAAUUUAGAAAUAAAAUUGAAAUUACUUUAGAUAAGAUUAAGCGAACUUACCUUACUCUCUGUGUACAGGGAUUUUCCCAAAGUAAUGUUGAAGAAUGUGCAAAGAAAUUAAUUAAUGUUUCAGUGACAGAUGAAGUUGAAAAUACUUUAAAAUUGCAGAGUUUUAUGGACUUUUGUCAAAGGGACAACCGUAUCAGUUGGGAUGUAUUUCAUGUUCCAUUGUACAUCACUCUUAUUGUUAUACUGUGGCUUAACAACCCAGAUAAGGUUUCUUUGGUCAAGUCACGCUCAGCUCUUUACUGCUUGUUAGUAGAUCAUAUCGUCCAAAAGCUUAUAGAAAGAGACUCAUUUAAUCAGUUAAAUCAACUAAAAUCUUUAUUACAAACCAAAGUUAAUGUAUUUUUGGAUUACCUUGGUUGUGUUUUGUGGGAUAAGCAGUCAGACUGAAUUUACUCUAAAAAAAUAUGAAGUUCAGUAUCUUGCAGAGAAAUGUUCAGACCUUGGCCUUCCAUUCACAGAUACUAUGUCAGCUUUCUUUGUAUAUGAGGAAAGGGCUACACCUACAGAGAUCAGAGAAGACUUUACUUUUAUUCAUCGGACUUUGUCAGAUUUUCUGGCUGCCAGAGCAUUUGCUAACAAAAUGGUAUCAGAAAAUUGGGAUAUCCUUACAACUGCCAUGUAUUUUUUCAGAAGUAGGAGAGUUGUGUUACUGCAGUAUGAUCCAGAAGUAUAUCUGCGUAGAAGAAGGGUUAAUGUAGAUAGCUUGUCGAAAGAUUUGCCUGAUGACAUCUUUCAGAGAACUUAUGAUAAGAGUUUCUCACUGUCGACUGAUGCCUUUCUUGAGAAGAGCCCUUCUGUAAGUUUCAUAUGGGUGAAGUAGAAAUGAGUAAAAAUCACAGUGGUAAAAGGUCGAAAGGUUGUUUCAAAGCAUCAGCAAAAAAUAAUGCAUGGCUUUUUAUGAGGGAUCAUAUAGGAGGCCCCUGGGUUCUAUUCCUUUUGGGCUAUAUGAGUGUCAAAAAACUAUUCAACGAGCCAAGACGUGAACAACUGGUGUUUAUACUGGCAAGGAGAAAUAUUUGUGGUCUUAUAUAUGUUGACUACCUUUCAUAUUUAGAAGAAGCGGAUGACCAUUUAUUCAUAAAGAUGAUGUGGAUCUACAUUAAAAACAUAACUUGGUCUUUUAAGGAAGAUUAUUAUUUCACUGGGGCUGUGAAGUUAUUGCAGCAUGUAGUACCAAAGUCUGUUUUUCUUCACUAUUGCUAUAGCCAAACUUCUACUAGCAGCCCUCAUGAUGCAUCCAAAUUUUUACCCAGAGCUAUUGAGACUUUUACCAAAUAUCCAAUAGAUAUUCAUUUGGAUCUUCAUUACUUUCUCAGCAGGGGUGAUGUAGACUUUAACUUCACAAAAAAAUGUCUCAUGCUUUUGUUAAAUGAAUCAUCUUCCUGUCGGUUAGUUACAGUUAGGUGUCCAGUGAAUAAUGAUAUAGUGGAGCUUUUAAGGAAAGCUGUCCAUCUUCAAGAAUUAAAAAUUAAGUUUUUUGGUGAGGAUCUUUCCCAGCUAUCAGAAUUAAUUAAGACUCUUGCUGAACUGAAGGUUUUUAUGGUAGCCUUAAGUCCAUGCUGUUAUGUUCAUCCCAGUCACCCAAACUUGAUAGAAGAGCACCAACUGUUGCCCAAAACUUCCAUCUUAUUGACUGAUGUUUUCUCCCUGGAUCCUUAUGAAAUCGGUUUAUCACUAAAAAAUCUUUGCUUUCAUCCACAUCAAGUUGUUCUUCAGGGAAAGGUGCAUUGUAUAGAUUUGGAGAAAAUUUUGGUUCUUAUAUUUUGGGUUUUGAGAAAUGUUAAAUAUUUACCCAAGUUGGAAAUAGUUCUAGACAUUGGUGAGUUUGGCUAUCUUGUCCAUGAGGUUUACAAAAUACAAAUAUUUUAUACCUUUACAAGAAAAGUGUAUCCCAAUUGUAAAAUCAGUUUUAAAUAUUGUUCUGGUAAUUUCAUUUAUAGUAUAAAAAGGCAUUUAAUUACAUCCAGAUAGAACCCUUAGACUCAAAGAGGUUGCUUGAAGUCCUAACUUGUAAUUGUUACUACAGAAGUAGAAACCUUCGGUCUUUACAUAGGAGUUUGUGUGCCAACUUGAGCUGGAACGGCCGUUAACUUUCAGACAAGGUAUUUUACCAUAACAAAAAGAAGUGAUUAGGGCAGAUCGAGUGUAAGUGAAAGACAUGGGCGAAUAAUCAUCCCAGCCCAGCUGAUAAUUCAGUGGGAAGCAGACCCUUUCUUCCCUCUCCUCGCCUCUCUUUAUCAUUUCACUCAGCUCACCAAACACUGACUCAAGGAAGUUUUUCUUUUUUCUUUCCUUCAUUUUUUACUUUAUUGCAUUUAAUUGUUUUCAUGUUCUUCAUUGUGUUAAAUUUAUUGUGAAAUAACAUUUUAUUUUUUAUGUGAAUUGGUACCACUUUUACGUAUAUAUUAUGGUAAAGAUUUUACUGUCUCUUCUUCUCUCCUCAACAAUAUCAAGACUAACGGUAACUUAAAAUUAUUUAUUCAUUAUUCCUCAAAAAUAUAAACGCCCCCUCCCUCUACCUCGAGUUAGCUGUGCAUCACCGCAAUGACGAAUGAUUUUGUUAAUCGUUUAUGCUAAAUUUGAUUGUGAAAAGCUUUGUUCUUUCAUUUACUAUUUUGUUAAUAUUGUUCAACUAGACCGUCUCACUCGGUGCACAAAAAAUUAAAUUUGUUUUUCUGUAUUGCAUUUGGUUGUUUUCAUGUUUUAUUAUUACGUUAAAUUUAUUGUGAAAUUACCUUUUUUAUGUGAAUUGUUAGUGAUUUUACUUACAUACAGUAAUAUUUUAACUCUCUCUUCUUCUCUCCUUAACAUAUCAACACUCCCUCGUUCAGUCUCGAGUCAGCUGGGCAUGACGUCACCGCAGUUAUGUACGAUUUUAUAUUGAAAUGCUUUAUGCUUUUAUUUAUUUUGUCAAAUAUGGUUAUCAUUAUAUAUUGUAAAUGAAAAAAAAUUUAAUACAGUUUAACUUGUAAGACCCAGUAGGCCGUUGAAUACAAGUAUAAACCAAUAAUCAGUCAGUUCGAAGUACUAGCAUUUGUUUGACAAACGAUACAAAAUUUUCUCUAAAAUUGUGUUCGAAAAAUGGAAAGUUCGACAUAAGAAAUGUUCGACACACUGUACUUCAAUGAUCUCGAGGAAGAGACCAUGGCUUUCCCUUUGGAUCACUCAUCAACCAUCAAGUCUUUUUAGAGACCCAGAAGGUCUUGAUGGGGUUGCCAUGGUUGGAAUUUGCCAAGGAGUUUUUGACCAGGUAAAUUCUCUUGUGUCUGGGCAGGAGAACUCACUUUGGUUAAGAACGUUUUGGUCAUUUUAGCCAUAAGGAAACCGACAUACCUAAAGCUAAAACCCCAGCGAUACAGGCGUAUUAAGCACACAGAUGGAGUGUAUGCUCCGUAUUUUUCCCGGAUUUUAUUUUCAUUUCUUCUAAAUGCUACCUCAAGUAACCUUUGCAUGUGUGUGUGUGCAUGUAGACGGAAAAGGAAUUAUUAGCACACACACAUGGCUUAAAAUUAUGGCAUUAUUACAGGAUCUGUGAUUAUUAUUUCCAAAAAACACACACAAAGAAAGGAAAAUCAUUAAGAUCAACCAAAAUUUACUCUUUCUUUAUUAAAUGAAGUUCAGUAACUGACAAAUCUUUGGUAAAGUCACAAACAAGGGAUUAACCUUGAGGCCGAGAUUAAAAAGGAUAAAUAGACCUGGCAGAGCUGUAUUCUUUUCCUGACCCCACCUUAGCGAUACUAGAAUCUUGAAAAGACCUUCUUUACACUUAUACUUCUAAUACUUUACCAUCUACAAUGAUAGAGCCUAUCAAAGAAACACAAAGGCAAGGUAUGUUUGACCCUUUACACUGUAGAGAUUUUGAACUACCUAUUCCAGAAUAAGACUGCCUCCAAACUCCCUAUAAACCAAGUUGAUCUUACUGAAAGAUUUUAUCAGGCACUGGAGUCACGUCUUUAAAAGAUUGAAAUUCCAGCUUGCAUGAUUAAGAUUUAACUCAUUAUAAAGCCAUAAAAUUCGUUUGGUCUUUCAUCUUCGUCUAUAUACAACAGCAUUUUGUUUAUGUAGUGAUGCUCAACUCUUAUGCGACAUGACUCGUAGGAUUUCGUUCAAAAUUCACUAACUGGCAACCUAACAUACUCCAUAUUUAUCUAUUAUUUCAGUGUGUAAAUGCGAUUAUUGCAUACAAUAAGGCCAUAAUAUGUUUCAUAAGAGUGAAAUCUGUCUAAUAUUUCAAAACUGUAAGAAAAUGUCAUGUGUAGCCAAAUUUCAGAAAAACACUUACGAAACAUUUUUAAAACUUUCAUUCACUCAUCGCUAAAGCAUUUAACGAAAACGAAGUCGUCAUCAAACCUUAGUUCAAAUUUUAAAUAGAAAAAAAAAAAAAAAUUGUUAUAACAUAAAUAAUGUUUCCAAAGCAAGCAUAAAAUUUGUAACAGUCCUAUUUCAUUGCUUUUACACCUCAACACUGAAAAAAAUUAAACAUGUACUGUAUAUACAAAAGUAGAAUGCGCCCACCGAUAUCAAUGUGUGAUGUAUCAUUAGUGUUGCUGCAACAACAACCACCUGGUGUAACAUAAGUAGGUCUACAAUGAGUAGCGACCAUGAAAUUAUCUUGAAAACAUUUACACUAUAUGUGUUAGAAGAAUAUUUGGAUUUUCAUACAUAAUUAUUUGUUAUAUAGUUUAAAUAUUUUAAAAAUUAUGGCAUAAUAGCAAAUAUUCGCCUAUGCAAUUAUUCUUUUGUCAAAGCCAAGAUAUUAUUCUAGGCCUAGACGUUAGAUUUCUUUACUUUACACUUAACAUUCACAUCUCUCUAUUAACCAUUUCUGGCCAGAAAGCAAAUGAGAAUAUCUACACAUUCUUGCACUUACCUUAUGAAAGAAUUAAUUAUACAUUUUGCAACAUACAGGCAUCUUAAACACAGCCAAAAACUUCAACAUUUAAAGAAAACUUGCUUUGAUUCAUAUUCCUGCUUUGAAAUUGUUAUGACUGUUGAGCUUAUUACGUCUACUGUCAUAAUGCUGUAGACGUGGUUAUGUUGACCAGUCCGAGGAGGAUGUUAAGUGUGCUUUCAUAGGGUUAGCUGUGAAUUCGCAAACUUUUUGACAUGUACAACUUUACAAAUAAACAAAAAUUAGCACUACUUGGCAACUUCACAUUGAGUCUGAGAAUCUGGACGAUACAAAAAGAAUCAUGUUGCAUGAGAUUUGAGCACCACUGUACAUAGUCAUUCACUCAACUCAACCUGCAAAGAAAGUACUCGCAGACGUGUUCUUCCUGCUUCAGCCAUGGAAAGAGCAGACGAAACUGAGAGAUGUGUUCUCUGUUUUCAGCCAGGUCACUAGAAUACAACGUUCAUAAUUACUUUGCGAGAGAAAAGCAAACAAUGGGUCCUUGACUGAUGUGACGAGUUUAUGAUUGGACGCGUGAAGCUACCAAUAUUCCAGAUGUAAACUAUUUCAUAAUAAUUUAUAAUAAGGAAAGAAAUAAGAAACGAAAGUGUGAGUGGAGGGAUUGGCCUCGCACCAUCCAGUACAGAACUUAAUCCAGCUUUAGUAAUAAACCGAUGAGAUUUUCCCCUUUGUUUACAUAUGAAAAAAUCCUAAACUUUUAGAUUCAAAUACGAAGCAUUCUGAUUACACUUUUCAUCCACCACAACAUUUUGGUUCGACUAUAGCCAAUCAUGCAAGACACUUCCUUAGCCUGUCACUUUCCAGAGGAAAUACUACUAUCUCUCAGAAAGGCCUUUGCCGACAAAACAGGUUGACCUUUACCUGGUUUGUCUGUGUCUGGUUAAGACCACCUCCAUGCAGAAGGAAUUUGCUUUUUUGCAGCAAGGGUCAUAGGCAAUGAAAUUGGCUACCAUGGCAGUGUUUCAAAGUCUCCUGGAUUGAUCUUUGUUCCCUUGCUGGGGCCAAGAUCGCUUCUUUCCUCUUUGGGGUCCCAUACAUAUGAAGAGGAAUCCAUAUUCAGGAGACUGAUGUUGUCUCUAGGUAGGGCCAUCACCUACUUAGCCUACCAGACAGCUAACCAAUGGGCAAACUUGGUCCUAAAGUGAAGAGAUGCUCUGUUGUCUCAGGUUACCAGGUUUGUCGGGUCAGAGUCGGUACUGGGAUUAUUAAAUGGACACUAGUACUAUUGGGUUCCACUUCCCUCUUCCCUAUAGGCUAAGGGGCAAAGACAACAACAUACUUAUUCACCAGGCAAUGGCCAAGACCUCCAGGUCUUUGUGUGGUACUGUAGCCCGACCUUCGUGUCAGGCUGGCCCUUCCUCUUCGGUUUCCAGGAACACCCAGUCUUCUUCUGCCCCUACUGUGAAAGGAGCACACGUUUUCAGCACCCUGCCCAUCUUAGGAAAGGGGGGUGAGGGUAAGGAUAAGGGAGGACACUGCUAGGGAAAUGUGCCCCCCACCCCCUUGUUGCUGUUGGUGUGGUGGGGGGGGGGUUGCCUGUCAAGCCAUUGGACAACAUGGCAGUGAUACAGUGCAAAGAGUGGAUGUCCUUCGGGUAGGAUAUCUUCUACCCUUUGAGUUCCCGCCACCCUCACCAAUGGUCUGGUCUGCUUCCAGACUUACAUUCCCAGCUUGCUGAAGGACCUUGCCCCUUGGGAAGAGGUGAAGGAGAUACGGUAGGAAGGUGCUAUAGAAAUUGUGAAAGAUCAGUCUCGGAGACCAGUCUUAGAUCUCUCAACCCUGAACCGGUUCGUUUGCCACCAGACCCAGUUCAAGGUGGAAACAGUAUGGUCAGUAGUGCUAAAGAUGAUACUAAAGUCACUGGAACAUAAAAAUUUUACAAGUUAAAAUUAAUACAAUAUAUCUUUAAAAUACUAAAAAUGUGUAGCAACAUUUUGUACUUCUGUGUUCAUGUAUGUUCUUUUCCUAUUAUGAAGACAGAGCAUGUACAUAAUACUCUUUACUGUAACUAUGGUAGCUUCGCUUACCAAUGGUCUUUGAUCAAAGAUGCUUACUGUUUCUCAUGUCUUGACUUUGUCAGUAGAGUUCUUUCAGCUAAGCUUAAUUUCCAUAAACACCUCCAGAUCUGUCACUAAGUUAGUGGGUUGGCACAACUGCAUUGUUUACCUUUUGCAAUCUUUGCAGAAAAAACCACGAGCCCUGAAUUUACAGAAUUUCUUCAACUUUGUCAAACAAAGCUUAUCACAUUAUAAUGAACUGUAUAUGCUGGAGUAUAAGGCUACCUUUUAACCUUAAAGAAUCUCUCCCAAAAUGGGGGUCAUCUUGUACGCUGAGUAUAAAAAGCACACCUUAAAUCCUGUUGAGAUUAUCAAUGAUAGGCUAACCCCUGAAGUGUUGAUAGUUGCGUCAAUAGUUAACUACUGUCACAACUAUCGAUAAUGUAGUCAAAACAUCUGUAAUAAUGGUAAAGAACGUAGGUAUUUCAAGUGAAUCACUAGCAACACAACUAUUGAUACCGUCAACAGGACAACUGUAAUUACCGUGGAUAAUUACCAUAAUUAGACAUUAGGGUGAAUGAGCUCUCACUUUGUUAUAGGUGUACGAUUUCUAUCCGUAAUUCUAAAAACCGAAAAGCCCUGUAAACCUAAAUAUUUUCUGGAGAAAAUUAUCAUUUGCAAAAGUUAAACAUAUUACAGAAUAUAAAUUUUGUCAUCGUAUGCAAUUUGCAUUUGAUAUUGUUUAAAUGGGAACAGGCUUAUUCAGACCUUGGCUGAUUCGGACCAUGUACUGGCUCAUUCGGACCAUUAUCCAGGCUUAUUCGGACUUUCAUAUGAUUGGCCGAUUUUCCUAUGCAGUUUUACCUCCUGAACAAGGAUUUUAAAUAAUAUUUAUUCGGACGACUGUAAUUAACCCCCAGGGGCUUGUACUAAACACGGCGAAAUACAUUUGACGCCCCAAUUCCUGGUGGCUUUUGUAUUCGCAGGGACGAACGAUGCGGAAUGCUUAUAUAGAAAUACCCAUUGCUAUAAUAUAAAAAUUAUUAGUAUGGGUCUGAAUCAGCUUAGCAAAUGGUCCGAAUCAGCCAAGAUUAAGGUCCGAAUCAGCCAAGGUCCGAAUAAGCCUGCAUCCGUUUAAAUUCUCAAAAUCUCGGUUGAUUGAGUAGUAUUGAUAUCUUCAGUGCCAUUAGCUGCUAGAAGAGAUGUAAUUCGGUUAUACUUUUUCUUGUAAAUUAACAAAGUUGGGUUUAAAACGUGCACAAUACUGGAUUGUACAUGUUGGCAUCAAGUGUGAUUUUGCCAGUUCUGGACAUCACUUUCGUUUGCUUCAUUAUUAAUUUUAUUCAGCUUUUGCUAUAACCGGCAGCUUCAAUUUACUCGGAUUCUUUCUUCAGAUGUCUAUUGCGUGAUGAAUGAGUAAAAAUGUAUUUUAUUUUCACUUUUGGAAGCCACCAUUCAAAAUCGGCAGCAGGGUUUAACAAAGUGACAACUUCAACGCAACUCUUAUUAAAUGCUCAAUAGUUACGGGAAAUGACAUCGACAAUCGGCUGUUUCUUGAUUCUGUUGUUUAUGUCAUACAGGCUUACAAUGGCUUUAUCCGUAAUUCUGAAACCCAGAGAUUGUUAAUGGAGGCUGGAGGAGCAUCAUAUGUUGGAGAGAGAGAGAGAGACUCUGUUGGCCUGGUUACAUUGUUACAAAGACAGAUAUCCAUUAGCAAAAGUCAAAUACUGUAAUAGUUUUGUAUUGAGAAUAACGGUCAUUUUAAUAAAACGGUUGUUUUACUGUAUCAAAUCAUAUUGCAUGUAUUAUUACCAUAUCAAAUUACUAAUAUGAACAGAGCGAUCUGCCAUUUGCAUUCUGGUUUUGUUUACAUUCUUGAAAUAUCAGCUGAUUUUGUUUUACCGAUAUCAUCACUGUCUUUAGUUUUCUUAAUAACAAAGCUGGAUUUAAAAACUGCAGCUACUUUAUUUAUAAAGAUCGUAAAUUAAAUGAAGUAUAUGUGUGUUUUUGCCAGUUUCAGACAGUGCUUUUGCCUUCAAAAUAUGACAUCAGUAAUUGCCUGUUUCUCGAUUCUGUUGUUUAUGUCAGUACAAGUUUACAGUCUUUGUCUGUAAUUCUAAAGCAAAAGUCUAAUAAUAAUUGUGUAAUGAGAAUAAAGAGCAUUUUGAUAAAACUUUUUUUUUUACUGUAUCUAAUCAUAUUGCAUGUAAUAUUACCAAAUUAUCGUAUAAUAUGAACAGGGUGAUCUGCCAUUUGCAUUAUGGUUUAUUUUACUUAACCCUUAAACGCCUAUUGGAUGUAUUAUACGUUGACUAAAAUUGUCUGUCGGGUGCUAAUCGGACGUACAGUACGUCGACUACAAAAAGUUUUUUUAAAUAUUCGCGGAAAAAUAGUUAUAGGCCUAGUUUGCAAAAAAUUUGAAAUCACGCGCCUUGAGGGAUGCUGGGCGUUCAUGGAUCAAGCUGUUGUUUUGUUUACAAGUGUUACCCAGGCACGCAUGAGCGAAUUUCUUUUUUCUCGCACUAAAAAGCACCAGCGACGCAUCUCAGAAAUUCUUUCAUCACUUUGUCGUAAUUUUUGCACCAUUUUAUAUUAGCCGUUACAUAGAGUUUUGUAUAUGAAAAUGUCGCAAUAUCAUGUAGAAUACAUAUAAAAACAACCCAUGGUUGUAGCUUUUAUCAGUUUUGAAAUAUUUUCAUAUAAAUCAUGAUAAGUGCCAAAAUUUCAACCUUCAGUCAACUUUGACUCGACCGAAAUGGUCGAAAAACGCAAUUGUAAGCUAAAACUCUUACAUUCUAGUAAUAUUCAAUCAUUUACCUUCAUUUUGCAACAGAUUGGAAGUAUCUAGCACAAUAUUUUGAUUUAUGGUGAAUUUUUGAAAAAAACUUUUUCCUUACGUCCACGCGGUAACUCUUCCAAAAAUCUCAGAAAUUCUUUUGUCACUUUGUCGUAAAUUUUUGCACCAUUUUAUAUUAGCCGUUACAUAGAGUUUUAUACAAGUACCAUCCUACUUACAACUAAGUUUGGUUCCGACCCACUGGUUGUAAGUCAGAGUGGAUGUAAGUCGAACCUUAGAGAGUGGCCAACAUACUGGGUAGGGUAUACUAUCAAACCUUUGCUAUAUAAAAGUGCCUACUUAGUACUGUAAUGUAAUGUACAAUCAUUAUUUCAAUCUUUUUACCAUAAUGUACUUCUACUAAUACAUUUUAAUCAUUUAUGUAAUAGUAUAUAUUACCUACAAUCAGGCAUUGAGUUACAAUGGGGUUAGGUUCUUGCAUGCAUGUCAGAAGUCGAUUCUUACUUAAAUUGGUUUGCAAUUCAGUCUACAGUACAGUUAAUACCAAAUGAUGCUGCAGAUAGGGCAGGGUAACUCAAACUGAUGCUGCCUGAGUGAUGAGAGUUCUCAUGAGAUGGCGCAGUGCCAAGUAACUCUAUGGUCAACUGUCUGAAGUAAGGUUGUAAGUACGAGUGGUUGUAUGUCGAGCAGGUUGUAAGUCGGAUAGUAGUUGUAUAUGAAAAUGUCGCAAUUUCAUGUAGAAUACAUAUAAAAACAACCCAUGGUUGUAGCUUUUAUCAGUUUUGAAAUAUUUUCAUAUAAAUCACGAUGUGCCAAAAUUUCAACCUUCAGUCAACCUUGACUCGACCGAAAUGGUCGAAAAACGCAAUUGUAAGCUAAAACUCUUACAUUCUAGUAAUAUUCAAUCAUUUACCUUCAUUUUGCAACAGAUUGGAAGUAUCUAGCACAAUAUUUUGAUUUAUGGUGAAUUUUUGAAAAAAAACUUUUUCCUUACAUCCACGCGGUAACUCGGCCAAAAAUCUCAGAAAUUCCUUUGUCACUUUGUCGUAUUUUGCACCAUUUUAUAUUAGCCGUUACAUGAAGUUUUAUAUAUGAAAAUGUGCACAAUUUCAUGAAAAAUACAACAAAAACCAACUCAUGGUUGUAGCUUUUAUUAGUUUAGAAAUAUUUUCAUAAAAAUCACAAUGUGCCAAAAUUUCAACCUUCAGUCAACUUUGACUUGACCAAAAUGGUUGAAAAACGCAAUUAUAAGCUAAAACUCUUACAUUCUAGUAAUAUUCAAUCAUUAUUCUAGUAAUAUUCAAUCAUUUACCUUCAUUUUGCAACAAAUUGGAAAACUCUAGCACAAUAUUUCGAUUUAUGGUGAGUUUUUGAAAAACUCUUUCCUUACGUUCGCACAUGGUAAUUCUGCCGAAAAUCUCAGAAAUUCUUUCGUCACUUUGUUGUAAUGUUUGCACCGUUUUAUAGUAGCCAUUACAUAAAGUUUUAAAUAUGAAAAUGUGCGCAAUUUCAUGUAGAAUACAACAAAUAAUAACUCAUGGUUGUAGCUUUUAUCAGUUUAGAAAUAUUUUCAUAUAAAUCACGAUAAAUAGAAAAAAUUCUACCUUCUGUCAACUUUAACUCGACCAAAAUGGUUGAAAACUGCAAUUGUAAGCUAAAACACUUACAGUCUAGUAAUAUUCAAUCAAUUACCUUCAUUUUGCAACAAACGGGCAGUCUCUAGCACAAUAUUUCGAUUUAUGGUGAAUUUUUAAAAAAAAACUUUUUUUACGUCCGCGUGUUACAAAUUCAUGCAUCAUUUUGUGAUAAUAUUUUCUCUGUGUUGCUUUAAUCGUUUUACAAUUUGUUAUAUACCAAAAUCAUCGCAAUUUAGUGUACAAUACAAUGAAAAAAAUUAAACUCAUUAGCUUUAACCGUUUUGCUCACAGCACGAUUUGUAUACAAUUAUAUGAAAUUUUUUUUUGCGCUGUCAUAUAUUUUAAUAUUUAUAUAUGAUAAUGAUAUUUUUUCAUUUCUGAUGUUUGCAUACUAAACUUCAGGCAAUGACAAAAAAAGGAGCCAAAAAUGAACUCUUAAUCUUAAAAACUAAGCUUGCUGUGAUUUUUUGAAAAAAAAAAAAAAAAAAAAAAAAAUUUUCCUCUUCAGCGCUAACUCCCAAAUGCCGCCAGCAUACAAAAGACACUUUGGUAAAUAGCAACUCGAUGUUUAAGGGUUAAGAUAAUCGGAUUAUUUAAUUUUACCGAUAUCAUCACUUUAGUUACCGAAGGGAACUUAAUUCAUAUAUUUCUUUCUUAAAUAUAAUCAAAGCUGGGUUUAAAAUUUGCAGAUACUUUAUUUAUAAAUGUAAAUUAAAUGAAGUACGUGGCUACGUGUGUUUUUGCCAGUUUCAGAUGUGCUUUUGCCUCCAAAAUUCGUAGUUCCUAGUCAUGCUUGACUUACGAGCAUUGUUGUUUACAAAGACCAAUAUAUAUGUAGUUCCUUGUUAGUACUGUAUAACCAAACUAAAGUGUUUUGUGAUAUUGAUAGUUCCCCAGUUAUCCUUAAUGUCGGGAUUUGUUCCAAUUUUAAAGGCAUACAUUUAUGGGGUCUUCCAACAGGUAUUACUCUGCUGAUAGUGACGUCACAGGUGUUGAACAUUUGUCGCGAUGUUUACCGUAUAUUUUUCCUAAGGGAAUACAAAAGUAUUUUUUUGUAAUGGUUAGCUUUGCCAAACAUUUUGAAAUCUUGAAGAUACCAAUUUUACACUUUUUGGUACAGUAAUUCCAAUAAUUAUUGCUUUUAUUAAUGUACCAACUAAACUCACGUCAGCUGAUUGAGAUAUGUAAUUUAAUAAAAUGAGUGACGUCUUAUACGGCAAACAUAUCUCUAAACCUACAAUUUUACAUGAAAAAUGGGGGGUCGUCUUAUACGCCGGCAUAUACAGUAUGUCCACUGAAAGUGAUUAAUAUGGCCAAUAUUAUUUAUGACAUAAUAUUUACAUUCUUCUACCAUCAGGUCAUUGCCCACAGGUCCUUGGACCCAGCUCCCGUAGAGGGAUAGUUAGCACAUCACCUAAGACAGGGGUGUCAAACUCAUGGGCCGCAGGAUGGUCUUAAGUGGCCCGUGAGGUGCCAAGAGAUUUUUCAACUAGAGCUACUAUAAUUGUUAGAACUGAGGAAAAGUUAACUAAAGUUACUAAACUGUUAAAACGAGACAUAAUAAGUUUUACCUUUCAAUCAUAUGACAAUAGUUUUGCAUGUGUAAAUUCAGAUGAACCCAAGUAAUGUAUUCUUGGUAAACCAGGAUGACCAUCAAAAUAAGUUGUAAUCUUCAGUCUUGCCAGUAAGUAAUUACCAAAUCUUUGAUGGCCCUCGAGACCAUAACCAAGGACUUGAGUUUGAUACCCCAGGCCUAAGAUGUAUGGUGAGCAAGAGAGAAUGUUUCUGAGUGACUUGACUUAUCUCUUUCCCCUUUUACCUUUCUUGUAGGGCAGAGAGGCAGGUGGCUAUCCGUCACAUGCUGGAUUGGUGUGGUAUGCAGUUAAGUCUAGAUAGCUAAGUUCCAACCUUUUUUGGAAUAAUGACACACAUUUAUUAAUUCAAGCCCAGAAGUCUAGCAGUUGAACAUCCCAAAUAUUCUUUGAGACCAGGAAGAGAUUCCCAGGUGGGUAGAGCUUCCAGUUGGUUCAGAGAUUUACCUAGAAUCCACUCUUCAAGGGGUAAGUCUCCUAUGUAAAGACCGAAGGUUUGUAUUUGUGUAGGAACAAACUACAAAAGUUAAAAUAAUUUGUAUUUUUCCUAACAUACAAACCUAAAGGUCUUUACAUUUAUGGUCCACCCCAGUCACCCCACAUUCAUGUACCUGGGCUGAAAGGCAAAGUGGAGUACAGACCGACAAAUAGGCAGGCAUUUACCUCUACCGUUGGUAGUCUUGUUUUAAAUUUAACAGCCAUUCCAGCUUGUGUUUUCAAGCAAAAUCCCAUCUAAAGACUUUCAGGUUUGUAUGUUACGAAAAAUACAAAUUACUUUAAAAUUUGCAAUUUUUGUUAUACCCUUCACUCUUGUUUAACAGUUGAACUUCCUUUAAACAAUUGUCUUAUCAGUUUGCUAGUUGAAUUGUAAUGGCAGGUGUAUUGCAUUGUCAAUUGUAAUUUUGUGCUGAAAUUCACCAAUGUUUGAAAAAAUCUAGAUUAGACUAUAUUUCCAUAUAAUAAAACUUGUUUUUCAAACUUCUCAAAACCCGAAAUGUGUUGAUUAACUGAUUUCCAAAUAUCCUAUAAAGCUAGUUGAUUAUUACUGGAUGAGGCCCAGUUAAAGGAAUUCUCCAUUUUAUGUGUCAUACCGUUAGCUUGACCUUGUUUUUUGAACGAGACCUCGUGUUUGAGAGCCAUUCAGGUUUUCACCCUCCUGAAUUUUAGUUGUCAGUGGUGUAUUUUUGUCAUUUACACAGCAUCAGUAAUAUUCGAUAAUCGGUUGAAUGUGUGCGCUUUGAUUUAUUUUUUAUUUUAGGGGGUUUCAAAUGUUUGUCAGUAGCUGUCAUGUGGAUUCAACCAAUCUUACGCAAUUUUCACAUGGUAUGUAAUGUCAGUACUGUGAUCUGUACUUUCAUAUUUAUGUUUUUACUGACAGUGUUCUUAAUUUCAUCAAAAUACUACAUACAUAAUAGUACUGUAAAUGAACUUACAUUGAUUUCAUGCUUCCUUUUUUGCAGCACUUAAUGUAUAAUGCUGCCAGACAUUUUUGCAGCACUUAAUGUAUAAUGCUGCCAGACAGCAAGACUUCCAUAGUGCUUCCUGUUUUUACGAGGACAGUGGUAUAAAUGUGACAUUCUUCCUUCAUCUUGGGAAUUCAUAUUGUUGGUUGUUACGUAUGCAAACAACAACUUCUGACGUUUACUGUUAUAAACAAAUUGGCUUCAACGAGCAGUAUCUUUUUUAGUCUGACUGUCCAUCUGUUUGCCUUUCCAUCCAUAUUCUGGUCUGUCUGUCAUUGUGCCUGCAUACUCACCUUAUUAUCCCCCCCACACCAGUCUACAUUUUAAGGGUUUUUAAUCAACCUGGUGCAAAGGCAGAUUAUCAUACAAAGGCAGGUACAAAAGGAGAUUGUUCGUAAGUCUAUCCGACUGUCAGCACAUCAGCAGUCUGUUUUGCUGUGUCAUCAUUAUACCUCUCUCAUGGUUGAAAGGAAUUUCUGUCAGUGCAUCUGUCACUCUUCCUUGUCAUUGCAAUUUUACACAGUGGAAGUUAUUUCAUUGGAAUAGGGAUAAAGAAAGAUUAUCAUUUUAGAUGUGCUUAUAGGUAGAUGGUCUGUCUUUUAGUGUGUCUGUCCUCUGAUCACAGGUAGUAGACAAUUGAAGGAUUUCAGGAAAACUUAGAUUUGCAUUAUGGGAUAUUGUCUGUUUGCCAGUCCAUGAGUGUGUUUGCCAUUCUUACCCUUUUAUCGAAACUGAGUUUUAAUGAUUUCAGUCAAAUUUGGUACAAAGGUAGUUCAUGAAGCACGGAUGUGUAUGUAGGGAGAUUGUUUAUUUGUUAGCCUUCUAUUUACCUUGUUUGGUUUUAUGUACAGCCCUCCACAGGGAUGAUUCCCUCUCUGGUGGGCACUUGUACGUUUUCUAAAUAAGUUGCUUCAUAUAUUUUAUAAUUGUCUUUUAGUGUUUUGUCGUCAGUAUCAUAACUCCAGCAGAAUAGGAGAUUCUGUGUGCCUGUUAGUUGCUUACCUUCUCAGCACAAAUUUACCAUAAUUCUUGAAGGGAUUUUUGUUAAAUUUGGUACAAAAUAGACUUCAUUCAUAGAUGAUAUAUAGGGAGAUCAUCCAUCUAGCUUGCUUGAGUCUGUGUUUCAUUCUUACCUUGCCAGUGCAACUCCUUUUACAUGGUUAAAGGGAUUUCAAACUGUGUAUACAUAGGUAAACUAUCAUACUAAGAUGUGCAUGAAGGGAGAUCAUCCAUCUGUCCUAAUAAUGGAAGAGGUUUCAGUCCAACUUGGUACAGAGGUAGGAUAUGAUAUAGUGAUUAUGGAUCAUGUGUGUGUGAUACAGUUUGAACAGUAUUUGAUUGUGAAUAUUAGUUUGGUUAUUGAAUAAAGGUCUCGAGUGAGAUAUUUUACUAAUAAAGUGCAGAUUUAUAGAUACGUAUGUACAUUUAUUUUAUAUUGCAUUGCUAUAAUUUUCUUACAUCUGUAGAUUUUAUGGUAAUACAUUACAAGGUUAGCAUAGUGUUUUAUGAUUGAUAGGCUCGAUUUAUUCAUUUACGUAUCCACAUUUAGUGGUUAGAAAGAUACUCUACUCUACAUAUUGAAAGUUUAUUUAGUGAUUGGGCAUUUCAUGUUCUCGUUAUCAAUACAGUGUUUAUGAUAUACAUAAGUACUGCUUACCAUUGAAAUGAUUUGUUAUUUCUCCCAUCUUAUAGAUAGUUUGCAAUGUCUGAAUUUCACUUAAUACCCUUCUUGUACUUGCUGUGUCAUCUGGUGACAAGGUAAUCAUGGUCAAGAUGUUUGAAAUAGAGAGAGAUUUAGUUACUCAGUUUUGAAGGUUCUUAUGAAUGCUUGUUUUUUUUUUCUUUUUUUGAAAUGUCCAGGUAGCAAGUGGUUUUUUGUUAUUUUGGAAUAAUAAACUGUCAAGUAUCAGGAAGUAGUUAUAGUUUAUUUUGAAAAUUGGAUGACCAGGUCACAAAUGAAGGGAUAUUUCCUCUUUUAAGAUACAGUGGAACCUCGGGUUUUUGUACGUAAUCCGUUCCAUAACGUCCCACGAAGUCCAAAACAUACGAAAUUCCCAUAAGGAAUGCUGUAAAUACGUACAAUUAUACAAAUGUGUUCCAGACACCCCAAAAUAUUAACAAAAAUACUUUAUAGUUAAUAAACACAGUCUUACAUACAGAAAACAGAAAACAAUGAAAAAUAAGCCUAAAUCACUAAUGAAAUGAAUAAAUGAACAUUUAACAUCACACUUACCUUUAUGGAAGACACUUGUUAGCAUUUGGAAGACAGAGAGGGAGGAGGGGAGGUUAUUGUUUGGAAGGGGAAUCUCCCUGAAGGACUUCAGGUAUCAAGGAUCUAUCUGGGGUUACUUCUCUUUGUUUUGUACUGGCACUAUCAGAGGUUACUUCGCCUCUUCGUUUUUUACUGGCACUAGGACCAGCUUGAGUCUCUGGACCUCUGUCGCACAACAAAACUGUUGAAAGACAUUUCUUUCUGGUGUUUCUUUAAAAUUUGCUUAAAACUAAACACAGCAUUAUCAUUAAACAUGUUGGAGACACGGAUUACAACUUCUUUGUUGCGAUGAUAAUUCUCCACAAAAUUUUCUACACCACUCCACUUAUAAACAUGUCCUUAUCACUGAAGUAGCCACAUUAUAUGUAUAUGCCCAUUUGCUUUCUGAAUUUUUCAAACCAGCCUCUGCUGGCCUUAAAUUCACUAACAUCAGCAUUUGUUGUAGGCAUUUUCUCACUGAGAUCGGAUGCGACAUCUUCCAACACUGUGCUACAAGUUCUUUCUUAAAUUCUGUAGUGUUUCUCACGAUUUUUACAGGAGGGCUAGUACUUGAAAAUUUCUUUAGCCCCAUGAUGGCUUAUUUAGCAGUUGCACUGAAGUAAAAAAAAAAAAAAAGCACAAAAGCAAUGAACAUAAAAGCAUAGUGGGUCACACAAGAACAUGGGCUGCUUUGUUUGGGCGCUCAGUACGCAGCCUAAUUCACAUGGUGGGCCUUAUAAGGAGUGUUUCCAAGUGUAUGAAACCUGAGACAAAAUUUUGUUGGAAAAAAUCUAUGAAAACCGAAUCAUAAGAAAAUCAGGGAGGACGAAAACCAAGGUUCCACUAUAUGUUUGCUCCAUCCUGUAAGGUUAUUAAACAAUAUACAGUGAAGCAUUUUGCUUUAUAUGCAGAUAUAUUCUUGUAAUUAUAAGUAUAUGCAGAUAUAUUCUUUCUUGUAAUUAUAAGUAUACCUUUUUAUAGACUUUGAAGUAGUGGUAUUAUUUUUUCUUUUUUUGUUGAUUUAAAUUAUGUUUUUUUUAUGUAAUUUUUUAUUACUGUAUAAGUGAAUGUGAUAAUGAAAAUUGGCUGUGAUUCCAGUGCAAAGGUUACUUUUUGGAAUUGUUUUUAUAUCAACCAAUAAAUAUAUUAAGCCUA